GGUGAUGGUUGCACUGAUCUUACUAACUGUACGAAAUACGAGGGAUAUGGAUUCGUAUAUAUUAUAACUUGCGUUCUUUUCACCUUCCUUUCUCUCUUUGUCUCUCGCAUUAAUCUACCUCUUUGCUUUUCCACUGAGGAGAUUGUCAUCUACCACGGCAUUCUCCCUGGUGCUAUAUCGCAGUAUAUGGUAGCCUACAAUGAUUGUCCACUCAGGAUACAUCCAACUUCCGUUAUAUAGCCUACCUCCAUCUGUUGAUCGUAAAAAAUCACUCUACGUCACAAAGAUCAUUAUACCCCAUCAGACAAUAACCAUACACAUUUCCGACAAUUCGCUUCCAAUCCAUUUUGUUUCUAGUCACAUGUCGAUAAAUGUUGACGGUAUCAGGGAUUGUGUUUCUUUCAGGACAUCCGUAAAUGAAAUCGAUUUGUGUCGAACACACACACACACAUACACACACACGCAAAAAACAACACUUUAAUAUGCCUCCACUUGUCAUUGCAAGCACAUAUUGCACACAUUCAUCCGACCAAGACAGUCAAUGGUUGAUUUUAGACGAAGGGGAAAGACCCAAAACAUACACAAGCCGUGUCGGAAAAGGGAAUUGGAUAUCAGAGACUGACUUCUUAUUUGAAGCCGUGCUCCGACUUUCAUUCCGCCUAUAUCCGGUCGUCUAGAUUUCGUUGUCCGUCGAAGAAGCCCUAAACCAAAUUGACACCUCGCCGUAAGAGGCAAAGCUGAGUAAACGUCACGACAGCUAAUCCCGCCUAAACCUCACCGGUAGGCACGCAGCUUGGAUCGCUCUGUUUGUUUGACCAACAACAGUUGAAUUUCAGGGACGUAAAAACGGAAGGAGAUGAAGUUAAAAAGAGUAGGUUUAUAUCAUGAAUGAAAUCGCUUUGAAUGGUUAUCUAAAUUGAUAGUGACAUAAAAAACGAGGAGGAAAAACAGGACGGAGACGCGUUUACUUCAAUACAUUGGUAGUUUCUUCUACAAACCAUCUCUCUACGACAAUAAUAUGGAGAACUAUUCAAGGGAGGCUGAUAUAAUGAACCUCUUCACGACGCCAGAUGUACCAAUGACGACGAUUAACUCGACCAUGGCACCUGGAGGAGGUGGUCAAGGAUGGGGCGUGGGCAGGAUUGAAAACAACAUCGCAGUCCGCAUCGUCUACGGCAUCAUCGCGAUGACGGGAAUCCUAGGAAACUUCCUCGUCUGUUUCGCGCUCUCCAGGAACGCCACACUGCGCACGCGUACCAGUUAUUUUAUCAUCCAUCUCGCUUUUGCUGACCUUUUGACCUCUACCUGGACCAUUCCAUUCCAUUUGUUUCCCGAUCCACCGGGGGUAGCUGAUAACACAAAUGGAGAGAUCGUAUGUCGGCUUUACAUCUCGAAAUUCCCACUUUGGUCUACCAUCUUCGCCUCCGUGUAUAGUCUCGUCAACGUCACUCUAGAGCGAUAUUUCGCGGUCGUUCACCCCAUCAAGUACAAGAUUUUCUUCUCUAAGAAAUGGAGUGCGAUGAUGAUGGCAGCGACAUGGGUCAUCGGUUUCCUCUCCAAUAUCUACUUCUUUUGGUUGUAUGAUGCUACAGAAGGGUCGUGUGAGUUCAUUGGAUACCCAUCGGUGGUAUCUCAACGCAUCAUAGGUGUGUUUACAUUCGCUGUGGUCUAUGUCAUACCUAUUGCGGCAACUCUCUUCUGUCAUCACAAAAUGAUUGCAUCACUCAAGAAACAAUUUGAGUCUCUCAGACAAGAAAGACGGGAGAAAAGAGCAACAGGUCAAAAGCCCAAGAAGGAUGCUAACGCUUGGCAACUAAAAGCAGCCCAUGAGAUCCAGAAGACACUCUUGGUUGUCAUCAUCACGUACAUGAUCUGCUGGGCUCCUAAUCAAUUCAUCUUCUUUUCCUACAAUAUGGGUGCUCCCGUAGACUUCACCCAACCCUACUAUCACGUGUCAGUCGUGUUCGCCCUCUGCAAUUCAUGCCUCAACCCGUUCAUCUACGUUUACAAGAAUAAAUACUUCAGAAGAGGAUUAUUGGAGUCAUUAGGCUUCCCUGAGGGAAUGCUAACCUUCCUGAACAGGAUAGGACCGGGCAGUACCGGUAUGACAGAAGGAGAAACCCCUACUAAUACCCUGGACAAUAAUGUUGGUGCUGGUGUUAGUGGGAGAUCCCCGGCGCAUACGAGCACAAAUGAUUCCUUGGUUUGAUAUUAAACAAUUACAAUAAAAUCGCAGCGUGUAGCUAAUAAGGCUUACAGAGAAAAUUUAUUCAGCAAAUCGUUCGUGAACUUGAAUGAUUUGAGUGUACUGAACUGAGAGUGAUUUUCAGGGUGAUUUUUCAGCGUUGCACGUUAAUUGUGACGAUAGAGAGGUAAUCUUCAGUUUUCUUGGCAGAAUAUGUAAUUUUUUUCUUCAAUCAUCAGUUUAUGUCCUUACCCCCCCCCCCCCCCCGUGGCGGAUCCAUGGGGUGGGGAGAGACCCCGCCCCCCCCCCGGGAAAAAACGUGUAAAAAACGUUACUUUUCAAGCAACAAAGUCCGGCUGGUAUUAAUCCACACACCGGAGAUAAGGGGUUGCUUUUAAAAAUCCGGUCCGUAUCUUACUGACACACCGGAGAUAUGGGGGGGGGGGGGGGGGGGUUAACCUUACACGCAUCCCAGACAGAUCGCGCGACCCCCGAAAAUACACCCGUUUGCGAGGGUCAGAAUGAAAGACUAGUCUCCGUUUUGGCGUUGAGGUUGUGCUGAUUUACCGCAGUGGUCUCGUAUCCAGGAUAUCCUGGGUUCAAAACCAAGUCGAUGCGGGUAAAAUGCAAUAAAUUAUUGAAAAUUUAUUGCAUUUUCUGUGGUUUUUUUUU